GAAUUUAAAUUGAAAAGUUUUUGGGGUUAUAAAUAUUAAUUUAUUAUUAUUGUCAAAAUGCCAGACAUUAAAUUAAACAAUAUAAUUGUAAACUUUCCAUUUGAGCCUUAUGAAGUUCAAAAGGUUUAUAUGUCAAAAGUGAUAGAAUGUUUACAAAAUAAAAAGCAUGGAGUCCUUGAAUCGCCGACAGGGACAGGUAAGACACUAUGCCUGUUAUGUUCCUCCCUAAGCUGGCUAUCAGCGCGCAAAGCGCAUCUCCAAGCUCAAUCCUUAGUCGGAGCGAUAGACUCUCCAGACUUCGGGGGAGAUUUUUUCAAGCGUCUAAAAAAAGACCUUCAAAUGGCAAGCGGUGGCGGAGGAACAGCAGAAGUAAACCCCGAACCAUCUCCAAGUCAGAGCCCAGCGUCGUUCGGAUGGUCUCAGCCGAAGAUAAUCUACGCCUCACGCACGCACUCUCAAUUAACCCAAGUAAUGGGCGAAUUAAAGCGAACCAACUUCAAGCACCUCAAAGUUGCAGUGAUUGGCUCAAGAGACCAGCUGUGCAUCCACCCGGAGAUCUCAAAGGAGUCUAACUCAGCAGACAAGAUCCACCUGUGCCAGUCUAAAGUGCGCACCAGGUCCUGCAUGUACUACAACAACGUCGAGACUAAAAAAGAAGAGGCUGUAUUUAAAGACACCAUCUGCGACAUCGAAGAUCUUGUAAAGAACGGCACCAAGCACAAGUGCUGCCCCUAUUUCAUGGCCAAGGAAUUGAAACAAUCCGCUGAUAUCACCUUCAUGCCUUAUAAUUACCUCCUAGACCCCAAAACCCGCCGGUCUCAGGGCAUCGACCUCCAGAACCACGUGAUCCUCCUCGACGAAGCUCACAACGUUGAAAAAACCUGCGAGGAGUCAGCCUCACUCCAAAUCUCCAGCACAGACAUCGCGCUUUGCAUUGAUGAGGUCACUAGUGUGAUGAAGCGGCUCCUGGAAGAAGACCUGGAGGUCGGAGGAGGGUUUGAAUUAGAAAAAGAGGCCAAAGAUUUCACUCCAGAUGAUCUUUGCACUCUAAAGAGUAUUUUUCUGGGUCUAGAGGCUGCUAUAGAUCAGCUGAAGAUUAAGGAUGAGAAAGGAGACACUUAUCCCGGGUCGUUCAUCUUUGAGCUGCUAGAAAGUGCGCAGCUGGUCGGGAAUCAUCUUCAGGUCGCUGAGAAACUUGAUAAGGUUGUCCUGUGGCUGGCUACUACUUCGACGAGUCCUUUUGCCAGGACUGGAAGGGCGCUUCAGAAGUUUGCUGAUUUUGUGAGGACCGUGUUCACCAGCUCGCUGCCGCCUGGCCUCCACCGCGAACGAGUUCAAGAAUGCUACCGCAUCUUCGUAACCAGCGAACCCAAGCCAAAAAAAGACUCUUGGACCUCAACCAAAGUAAACUCCACGGGGAAGUUGAUCAGCUACUGGUGUUUCAGCCCCGGCUUCGGAAUGCGCCAGCUCCUGGAACUAGGCGCGCACUCAAUAAUCCUAACCAGUGGAACACUAUCCCCUCUUAAGCCGUUCAUCACCGAGCUGGGAAUCCCGAUAGACAUCGUCCUUGAGAACCCUCACAUCAUCCCCUCAAAGCAGAUUUCCAUCGGAGUCCUGGGUACUGGUCCGAACGGGCAGGUCCUUAACUCGUCCUUCAACACCCGAAAUGACCCGAAGUACAUCUCCAGUUUAGGAAGAACACUCCUGAACUUCAGCAACCUGAUUCCCGAUGGCCUCCUAGUUUUCUUCCCUUCGUACCCUAUUAUGAAGAAGUGCGUCGAGGACUGGCAGCAAGCCGGUCUCUGGAGCAGUAUAGUCUCCAAAAAACCAGUGUUCAUCGAGCCGCAGGGCAAGGACACCUUUAAUGCUGUAAUUUCUGAAUUUUAUUCGAAAAUCAAAGCUCCCGAGUCCCGUGGCGCCAUCUUCCUGGCGGUCUGCAGAGGCAAGGUCAGCGAGGGUCUGGAUUUUUCUGAUGACUACGGAAGAGCUGUGUUGGUAACUGGACUUCCUUACCCACCGAUGAUGGACCCCAGGGUGUUGUUAAAGCAGCGUUACCUUGAUGAGGUAAGGAAGAAAAACAAAGACGGACUUACCGGCGGACAGUGGUACCAAUUAGAAGCCUCCCGGGCGGUUAAUCAGGCUGUGGGGAGGAUUAUAAGACACAUUGGGGACUAUGGUGCUAUUAUUUUGUGUGAUACUAGGUUUAAUAGUCCUCAGUUUAAAGAACACCUAUCUAAAUGGCUUAAACCUUACUUAAAAAAUUAUCAGAAUUUCGGGAGUGUUACCCGGGAGCUUAGGGACUUUUUUAAGAAUGUUGGAGAGUGUAAAAGAAAUUUUAGAGAGUUACCGACGGUGACUUUACCGACGGUCGGUAAGAAAGUGGCAAGUUUGGGGGUAGAGAAGGUGAUAGAAAAGGAAGUGGAUUUUGGGGCUUAUAAAAAAGAAGCUAAGAAAGUUGAAGGGUCGGUAAAUUUUGUUACAAGUAAACUUCAGGGUCAGUGGAGCGCAAGGAGUUGGGAGAGCACUAAGGAGGAGGGGGAGGGUGUUGUUAAGAAGAGAAAGAUUAAAAUUCAGAAGCUUGAGGUUAAUUAUAAGGAUGAUAAGACAGUUGGUGAAGAGGAGGCAGUCGGUAAAGAAGAUGAUAAAAAAUUAGUGGGGCAAAAAUAUCUUAAAAGUGUUAAAAAGGAGCUGAGUAAAGAGAAUUUUAAAGUUUUCGCGAAGAUGAUUGAGAGUUAUCGUGCAGAAGGGGAUUUUAAUGAGUUGAUUAAGACCUUGGAGAUGUUAUUUAUGGAGGGGAUGAAGGAGUUAAUUGUGGGGUUCAGGACUUUUUUGAAGAAGCAGCAUGUGGAAGAGUUUGAAGAAUUUUGUAGGAGAAAGGGUAUGUGAUUGUUUUUAUUGUUUGUAGAGUUAAGUGAAAGUUUUUUAUAGUGUAAAUAGUGGGUAUAGAAUGAAGUUACGGUCGGUAAAGUAGAUUCAAGUUUUGAUAAUGUAGAGGAUACAAUUUUAGGAUCGACGGUAACAAAAUUUAUAAUGUAGAAUCUUAAUGAAAACUAUUCAUAAUUUUUUGGGUGAACAAAUUUUGUUACCGAUUGUAGGUAAUUUUAUUAAUUUAAAUAAUCAAAGGGAUUUGUUGACAGUGAUUAUUUAUAAUUAAAUUUUUUUGAUAGUUAUUGGAUCGGUAAAGUGAUUUUGAGUGCCAGCUGUCGGUAAAAAAUUUUUAUAGUGAAUUAGUGUGAAAAAUAAGGACUAAAGGACUUGGAUGAAAGAUUAAAUAAGAAUUAUUUUGGUAAAAUUAAAUUUUCAUUCAAAAUGUCCAAUAAAAGGUUAAAUAUUUAUAA